ACACACACACACUCAUGGGAAGGUUGUCACGCAGGCUGACGCUGGAAUUUGACGGCAUGUUUGUGAUUGGUUGUUCUGCCACAACAAUCUUAACCAAUAAGAGAGUGGCCGUGUUGUCUUUAUCACAGAGGGCACGAGCUGUAGCGCUUUUUAUUUCAGAGUUGUUCCUGCAACAGAUCUGAGCAGCAGAAUGAGUGGAAGAGGAAAGACCGGCAAGGCUCGAGCCAAGGCCAAGAGUCGUUCAUCCAGAGCCGGACUCCAGUUUCCCGUGGGCCGUGUCCACAGGCUCCUGCAGAAAGGCAACUAUGCAGAGCGCGUUGGCGCCGGCGCUCCAGUUUACCUGGCCUCCGCGCUGGAGUACCUGACUGCUGAGAUCCUGGAGUUGGCCGGUAACGCUGCUCGUGACAACAACAUGGGUAAGACUCGUAUCAUUCCCCGCCACUUACAGCUCGCUGUGCGCAACGAUGAGGAGCUGAACAAACUGCUCGGUGGAGUGACCAUCGCUCAGGGUGGUGUGCUGCCGAACAUUCAGGCGGUGCUUUUGCCCAAAAAGACCGAGAAGACCGUCAAGACCAAAUAA